AUAAAAUCAAACAUUGGACGACUUUGUAAUUUAAAUAUUAGACGCUAUCUCAGUUUAUCCCACUUUAAACCAGAGGGCUGACUAUUCAACAUAUAUCAGAAUGGGAAUAGGUGUCUUUUUAGCGGGGUGCCUGAUCAUCGUGCCCAUAGUUACGGCGCAGCAGUCCAGUGGAUGUGAUAAAGCUCUCUUUCAACAAGAGCUAGGGGAAUUUUUGAAUCGAACGAAUGGAACAGACCAUGGGGCCGCUCACGUUUUCCUCGAGAGUGAGGGUGCGGCGUUUCGUCGAAUGCUAAAAGACAACCCAAACAGCAAUUCAUUAACAACGUUGCUAGGCCAAAUGUGUCACGUUUUGAACAAGACUGCUGAGGCUGCAAAAUCAAUUGUUAUGAGCCAAACGACGGGCUGUGUGCACAGAGAUGUCUUCAGAGCUGACAACACAAUCUUCUCCAAGUUUGCUACAGCGUACAAGCACAUAUGUAACAAAUCAGAAGCAGCUUCUCCGACCAUUUUAAAUAUCUUGUCCAAAGUUAACACGUCCUGCCUCACGGGAUCUCAAAUGACUGCCAUUGACAAAUGUUCGGCUGACUUGGAUGCUCAGCAAAAUCGAACAGGGCGACCAGAUCCAGAUGACCCAAGCGUCAACAGAACACUUCUUGAACUUGAAGGCAACAAAACAUGUCGAUUUCUUAUGAGCUCGACUUCUUGUGUCAAAGACAAGUUUAAAUCCAUACGCACGUGUAACAGCGAAACUAAGAAAUUCCUCAGUAUGAAACGGAUGCUGCUUAAUAAAGUACCAUUCAGCGAUGGUUUCCAGGAAAGAGUUCAAAAAUUCACUGCUGAUAGAGAAAAGAUUGACUUCAAUAACAAAGAGAACAGAAAGAAACGUGCUUCCAUAUAUUUCAAAAGCUAUGGGCAUCUUACGUUCAGAGAUCCAUGCUCAGGUAAACGCAAGAAUCAAACGGUGAAGUUAGCAGUAGGGGAACACACCUUCUUGAAAGAUAACAACACUGAAAUCAAAAUCACAGUCGCGGAGUUGAGUAGCGGUGGCCCUGUCUACAUCACAAACGUACAAUUAACAAUGACUGGACGGGAUGGGUCAACCAUUGUUGAUAAACAGACGGAUUGUACUACAACCGCUGAUCUGGCGGCGUCUCUUACUUCCAGUAAUCCGAGUACGCCUGCUGUUACAACUGUUGGUGACGAGGGAAGUUCGGACGAAACCGACGUUCGGGCUCCCAAACCAAAGAUCAAUGUUAUUCGCAGCAAGAAACGCGGAGUUCAUAUCUUAUUGCAAAAGGCAGAGUACGAAAACAGCAGCGGGGUGAAGACCAGAUUCUGUAUGAUUGGAGCUCGAAUCCCUGCGAAACUUUUUGAAAAUGCUAUGUCAGGAUUGGCCGUCUCUGGAGUCCCGGAUGACAACGUUGUUGACACCUCUAAUGUUGGCAGUACACGCCGAAAACGUGCAACAUCAUGUGCUUCUGAUGACGUGGUGUGUAAUUACGAUUCCGCCUAUGCUACGGUUGAAUCGAUCACGACGGCAAACAGUGAAUUUAAUGAGGAAGAUGCGGCGGUCGAAUCGGAAGAUCAGGAGGUUACAGAUGCGCAAGGAGGGGCUGGUGGUGAAAGUGCCUCAGCUGUUUUUGUCCCAACAACAAUAUUGCUUGUUGGUGCAAUUCUGUUAACAAUGUUCUAAGAAGAAACCAAAGAUGCGAUCAUCCCCAAAUAUCAUUGACAUUUUUUGUCUCAUUUUUAAUACUCGGUUCCUCAAAGGCAACGUAUUUGUAGAAGUCAAUGCCUUAAAUUGGAGUUCGACCAGUGGUCAGGGCUAUGAAAUAAGUAUGAAAUUGUUUCCUACUUAACCACUGAUCAAUCAACAGACCCAACAAAAUUGUAGUAUACCAUUUAUCCGACUAUGAACUGGCAUUUUUGAAGAACAACUUUAUAGACUUGGAUAUCAUUUUUAUCAAUUCAUACAAAAACAUCCCCUCUAAAAAUGUAGCAAUCGCACUUUGAGGAGUGUUAUUAAACAAACAGGAGAACAUUCUAUUAAAUUGCGAGCCAGGGUCGCCAAACUUGGAAUGAGGAUUAUAUAUGUUGUUAAUGUCAUGAGGAAUUUUGUUACAA